AUGGCAUAUAGCGGCGGAUCUAGGGUCACAAGGAAUAAUUUUGUUUCUGUUUUUGUUUUGAGCAUGUUGGUUCUUGUGGGAAGUAUGCCCUCUUUAGCUUCUUUGGUUAGUUUAGGAGGCAUAAGUGUUGUGGGCACCAGUGGUUCUUCAUCAGAAUCGUCUUGUUAUUCGUUAGUAAAGAGGGUUUCUUUGUUGUCUAAAGCAAAUUAUAGGGGUAAAAAGAGAUGGGUUUGUAAAUAUUCUGUUACUACAACAACUACUGCAACUGAUUUUAUUGCUGACCAGGCCAAUGGGUCUGUGUCUCUUGAUUCUUCUAACACUUAUACAGGAAGAAGUAGUAGUAGUAGUAGUAGUAAAGAUGAGAGUGGUAAUGAUAAUGGUGAUAAUAGUGAUAAUGGGAUUGUUCUUAAGCCUGCUCCUAAACCCGUGUUGAAGUCACCACCGGGGGUUAAGGGUGAACCAGUUUUGGGGAUGAAUUCGGUGGGUUGGGAUGCGUCGAGAGUGAGUGGGGAUUCAGAUGAGGAAGAGAGGAAUAAGGUUAUUGAGUCGUUGGAUGAGGUGUUGGAGAAGGCUGAGAAAUUAGAGACUGGGAAAGAGAGUGGGAAUGGGAAUGCGUCUAAUGUGAAUGAUAAUAGAAGAAAUGAUAGGCCUGGGAAUUCAGCUGGAACUAGGAAGACUAAGACAUUGAAGAGUGUGUGGAGGAAAGGUGAUACGGUUGCAAAUGUACAAAAGGUUGUUAAGGAAGAACCCAAGAUUGAUAAUAAGAAAGAGAAGCCUAGAAUGGGAGGAGAGGUCCAGGUGGAGUCUCAGUCGAAUGUUCCUUUGAGGCCUGCCGAGCCACCUUUGAGGCCUGCGCAGCCACCUUUGAGACCUCAACCCAAACUACAAGCAAAGCCGUCUGUAGUUCCUCCGCCCAUGAUAAAGAAACCUGUUGUAUUAAAAGAUGUGGGGGCUGCUCCAAAGUCAUCGGCUAGAGAUGUGAGUGAAUUACAUGUGAGAAGUAAAGAACGGAAACCAAUUUUGAUUGACAAGUUUGCCACAAAAAAAUCAGUGGUUGAUCCUGUAAUUGCUCAGGCGGUCUUGGCCCCCAAAAAACCUGGAAAGGGUCCUGCCCCUGGAAAAUUCAAGGAUGACUAUGGUAAGAAAAAGGCUUCAGGUGGAGCUCGGAGACGGAUUUUUGAAGAUGAUGGCAUUGCUGAUGAGGAGACAUCUGAACUGAAUGUCUCCAUUCCUGGUGCUGCAAGGAAAGGGAGGAAGUGGAGUAAAGCUAGCCGAAAGGCAGCUAAACUUAAGGCUGCCAAAGAGGCAGCUCCUGUCAAAGUAGAAAUUCUUGAGGUUGGGGAGAAAGGAAUGUUGAUCGAGGAGUUAGCCGAAAACUUGGUAAUUAGUGAGGGCGAACUUCUUGGGUACCUGUAUUCAAAGGGGAUUAAGCUUGAUGGGGUUCAAACUCUGGACAAAGAUAUUGUGAAGAUGAUAUGUAAGGAGUACGAAGUGGAAGUCUUAGAUGCUGACCCUUUUAAAGUGGAAGAAAUGGCUAGGAAGAAGGAUAUUUUUGAUGAAGAAGAUUUGGACAAGCUGGAAGACAGGCCUCCUGUACUUACAAUUAUGGGUCACGUGGAUCAUGGAAAGACAACCCUCUUGGAUUAUAUCCGUAAAACCAAGGUAGCUGCAUCCGAAGCAGGGGGGAUCACACAAGGAAUUGGAGCAUAUAAGGUGCUAGUUUCUGUUGAUGGAAAAUUACAACCAUGUGUUUUCCUCGAUACGCCUGGGCAUGAGGCAUUUGGGGCUAUGAGAGCUCGUGGAGCGAGAGUUACAGACAUUGCUGUCAUUGUAGUGGCUGCUGAUGAUGGGAUCCGCCCUCAAACAAAUGAGGCAAUAGCACAUGCGAAGGCAGCUGGUGUACCGAUUAUAAUUGCUGUAAAUAAGAUUGAUAAAGAUGGAGCUAAUCCUGACAGAGUCAUGCAAGAGCUGUCUUCAAUUGGUCUCAUGCCAGAAGACUGGGGUGGUGACAUCCCGAUGGUUCAGAUCAGUGCUCUGAAGGGUGAGAAAGUAGAUGAUUUGCUGGAAACCAUAAUGCUUGUUGCAGAGUUACAAGAGUUGAAGGCUAAUCCUAACAGAAAUGCGAAGGGUACUGUUAUUGAGGCUGGUCUGCAUAAAUCUAAAGGGCCAGUUGCAACAUUUAUUGUGCAAAAUGGGACUCUUAAAAGAGGGGACAUAAUAGUUUGUGGGGAAUCCUUUGGAAAGGUGCGAGCUUUAUUUGAUGAUGGUGGGAAUCGUGUUGAUGAGGCUGGACCUUCUAUUCCUGUACAGGUUUGUGUUGUUUAUUCUUAUAUAUGAGUGCUUGAUAUUAUUUUUUACUGUAAUUUUUAAUACGAUAUCUUUGUGGAAAAACUUUUUCAUGUAGCUUGCUUGAUCUAAGUAAAUUCAAACAUUUCUAACCUUGAAAGUUCUCAAGGUCUUGUUCUGGCCUUGAGUGUUUCUCAACAGCAUUGUCGCUGUUGUGGAACUUUGGUGCAGUUCUCUAUUUUUGGG